AGAGGAGAGAGAGAGAGAGGGAGGAAAGAGGGGAGAGAAAGAGAGAAGCUCAGCCUCACUGAGAGUGAGUUGCAGAGAGAGAGAGAGAGAGAGUGUGAGAGAGGGAGAGAGAGAGAGAGAGAGAGAAGAUGCUGAAAGUGAUUGCUCAGUCUUUGGCCAUUUUCCUUCUCAUUUUCCUCCUCGUCGCCAAUUUCGUGGUGGUGAAAAGUGCAGAGGCAAUUAACGUGGCGUACAGGAGGCUGUGCAGACACUGAGGGCAGCUCUGACCCCCCCCCACCAACUGGUGUUUAAGGACAGACUGGCUGGACAAUGUUGCAUUACUGCCUGGCCCACACCGCCUAUCACUUGAGCAGAAGGCUGCCUAAACGCAGCAGACUGAGAUUUCAGAUCCUCGUGGUUCUAGUUGUGACUUUCUUUCUCGUUCCUCAGCUCUUUGUACUGUUCCGACCAAAGUCAUCGCGUUACUGUGAGCAACCCCUCCUCAGGAACCUAACCAGUUUCAUCGUCCUUACCUUCCUCAUGACAGGGUUUACAGUUGUUCUGACUUUGAUGGACCCAGUGCCUCGGGAGGUGAAAGUGGCUUUCCACGUGUUUGGAGUAGCAUCUUUUGCACAGGGAAUGCUAACAAUUGCCUUCACUGUUACUGCUCCUGAAUGUGCAAAGACGACCCCUGAGCUGUAUCGCUUGUCCCUCGUGUUGUCUGUAUUGAGUGCUCUCGCAACAGUGUUCGUCCUUUUCACAAUACCUUUCUGGCUCGCUAACAUUUUCUACCCGGGGAUGGUGCUUAAUAAGCGUUCCCGGGCUGGGAUCUGCUACGAACCCGUCUCGCACUGUUCCUGCCUGUGGCACGUUUAACAAAAAAAUCCAGGCCAGCCCUCGCCUCGGAAGGAGAGACCAACGACUCAAAACCAUGAAUAACACAAUCGGUCGCCAAAGCAACAGCCACGCAACAACAUUCCAGCGUCUGAGCCAUUAUCAAGUUGAGUUGACCACCCAGUCAGGUCGUAUGAAAAGUCACAAAGAAAUUAUUAACCCGCUGCAGAGACAGCUGCCUCCUUUUUAUUUGUACAAUUAUCGCUCUCGUUAGUAAAACAGCUAAACUCGGUCACUAUGUCCAGCUGUACAGCCAGAUUCAGUCAGACCAUUUAAGUUUAAUGAUCUUCAUUAAUAUUGCAUCCACUAACCUCUCGUCUUUGUGCAGGUAAAACUGGUAGUUGCACAACUAUUAAAAGGGACUUUUUUUCUUAACUAAAAAAAUGUUUUUAAUAGGAGAGAUACCGCCUGCCGAACACUGACCUUUAUAUCUUAGCGCUGCUGCUGGACAAUUACGAUUACGAGUGGGCUAUGCUGGAGCCGUCUAAUCCCUCAUGUCCUUAAAAAUAAACGACUGGGAUUUUCACCUUCCCUGAGUAUGUGUUUGGAAUCGUAAAGAUUCUAUUCUUUUACCAGAACAGUUGCCAGCUCGAGAGAGAGAGAAACUCUCCCCCCCCCCACUCUGUACCCCAGACACAGACUGAAGCCUCUGCGUGUGGGAUACAUGCUCUACUUAGGGUUGAUACUUGGGGAUGCUGAGGCAGAGUCAGGUAAUGGACAGUGGUGUGGGCCAGUGCAGCAAGAGGCCCGUGUACACAUUAUCCAAACCACACGGCACCACUUCACCCGAUUCAAUGGAAAAGUGACUCUAAAACAGUUCCCCAGGUGUGGAAUUCAGUGAGUGAGUUUCACAGGUCAGUAGGGUCCUGCUUCAAGUCAGCUGCCCCGCGCUGAUGUAAGGCUGGAUGGCAUUACAAUUGGACUCACUGAGCCUGGGCUGGGCUUUGGCGUGGGAGAAGAGGGGAAAAAGUGAAAGAAGGCAUACACAAGUAGUCAGAGUUCCCAACUCCAAUCGCUAUCCAGUAACCCCAGUUGAUGGAAAGUAUGUGUGCGCGCGCCUUAUGUACAGCAAGACAGUGUGCAAACGCACAAGCUCACAUAUAGGUAAAGCAGGACUUGCGGGUGCACUGUAUAUGCAAUAUGCAGGAUGUCCUGCUUUGCGUGCACCCACCCACUCUGGUCUGACUCUGAUCACAGCUCAUGGACCAAAAGCAAGACCCUUGCUUUAUCACUCCCGUUUCAGAUGGGUUUUGCCCACAAUUGGAUGGGAGGGAGUUUGUAGCGGUUUCCCAUCGUUGAUCAGCUCAUUUUGCUCUUGUGCUAUCUCUGCUGAUUGCAUUGCGAUACAUGCCAGAUCUCUCAUUUCCUCACUGUAGUCAGUCACAAGUCACUAUGGUACGGAUCAGUUUUUCGCGAGUGGCCUAAUGAUAGUUUGCGUAACAGAACUCACUGUCCCUUUUCACUAACAAACCAGUGAGUACUUUUGAAAGAAAUAGAAUGGUAACGUGUUGGUUUCAAGGCAGGUACUGGGUGUGGGGUUGGGGGGGGGGGGGGGGAAGGGAAUAUACUUUGUAUUGAUAAAACUUUUGCCAUUUCAAACGUUGGCAUCAAUGUGACCUCUGAGUUACUUACAGGCUCGCGCCCCAAUUAUCCCGUGUGAAACUGGGUUGAAUUCUGCAUCAUUAUGCUGUUGGGGCUGAGCAGCUCGCUCUCAAGUUGUGACGCUGUUAACACUUAAUAUGUUUUAAUGAGAGAAUAAGAUGCUGUACUUUGUUCAGAAGCACUGAAUCGUAAGACCGGCGGCACUGCAGAUGUUUUAAAGAUGUAGCAACAAAGAAUUGUUUACAUGCCAGUUGUGAAAUGUAUAGCAAAACACUUAAGACACUGUUGGAAAUUAAUUGUGAUUAUUUUGUUUCAAUCGUUAAGACUGUUUUCCCAUGUUGAGUUAUAACUUCUUAAAAAGAGGGUUUGUGUACUCUUUCCACCCCCACCCCUUCCCGAAUCAUCUCCUUUCACUGGUCCCGGUCUAAAUCCAUCCUCCCCUCUUGUCAAGAGCUAACAAGAAACGCGCACACACGCACAUCCAGCAGACUUCCCUUGAUACCCAAUGACUGAAUUCUGGAGCACGAGAUUGAAGGUGCGAGUCUUUGCACGUGGCUCAGUUGAUUGCAGAUUCAAGCCCUAAAUUGGGAUUGGAGCUCAAAAUCUAGUGUCCAGUCAAUUACACUGCAGUCAUGGGGCGGGUGAGGGGAGAUCUGCAUAGUUGGGAGGGGUACCAGUCCUUCAGAGAAGGCCUUAAAAGCACCUGCCUCUUCUUCGGACAUUCAAACCAUUUGGAUUAAACCUCUCACCCGAUGGGCUGCCCCCUCCCACUCCACAGCACUGCACUGGGAGCACCAUUUUAGACUAUCAGCUCAAAGUCCUGACAUGGGGCUUUGAACCCAUGAGCUCCUGAGGUCGAAAGAGUACAACUGAUUGAAGCCAAGCUGACACCUCAAGGGCACACGUGUGGAUGGAUGGCAGACAAGGAUUGAGCUCUGCUGCAACACUUGACGCACUGCAGGAUCUUGUCAGCGAGGUCCUUGUGCAGCCAUCAGAUUCCCGCCUAGGUCAGUGCGUUCAGCAGACAGGCUCGAGGGAGGAAACCGGGACUUAAGUCUUGUAUUGAGCAAUAAUGACUUUCAGCAGUUUUGUUGACUGGAGCCGUUUGGCAACAUUGUAUUUUCAAUAAAUAUUUUGUGGAAACCCAA